CAAAGUAUUGCCAACAUGCCUCACAUCUUUGUGGAGAGGGCUCAAUCAAGUGUCCUGAAGUUUCUGGGCACUGCGGACACCAGGGCCGAAGCCCUGUUCCUCCUCGGGCAGUGCCACCCUGAAGAGGCACCUACAGUUGUGGUGUCCGUAGUGUGCCAGAAACUUCUGUUCCGUUUAAUGGAACUAAUGACGGCGCAACACCUGAAGACCAUCAAGGCAGUGACAGCGUUGGAGCAGCCACGGAGACAGAUUACUAUGACCCAGAAGACCAAAAAGGUGAUAUACCAUUCUGCUGGUUCCACAGUUAAAGGCCUCCUUAGGAUAGGGUUCAUGUACCGGCACAAUGUGUGGUGGAACACCGUCACACAAGUGACAAAACAGUUCUUUAUUGCUGGUACCUCUGCCGCUCCUCCGGUUGAUGAUGCAUGUCAAGUUCCCAUGCAGCCCAAUCCACAUCAGGUCAAUUCAUCAGUAAGUGACCUAUAUGCAAGUGUUUGUGCCUUGGUUUUUCAGAUGGUUUCUGACCAAGAGAUUGCCUCCUACAACAGGAAGCUGCCCCUGGCGGAGAGGAAGGUGAUGACUUCAAACACCCCUGGCGACAUCAUCCCCCGUGCGGACCACCUUGUCACGGGGGCGCGCAAGGCCAUCGCGGCGGCCGGCAAGUUGCAGCGUGAGCUGUGCCCAAACGACCGCUGGAAGGUGAGCGAGACCGCCCUGGCCCAGCUCAAGAAGGACCUCGCCAACCUGCCCUACCAUGUGCUUGGCCGGCACGGAAACUGCGAUGAGCGCUACUGCAAGAGGAAGGACAAAGGCGAGCAAGACCUCGUCGAGGAGGCUGGGACCGUGUUCAAGGCCAUGUGUGAGCAGGUGGAGCAGAAGCUGCUUGUCCACGCGGCAUCACUGGUUUUCAACGAAAACACCAAUGAUUGCGAAAGGUACAUGACCAAGGUAGCGAAGAUGAAUGGUCACAAGGGCGUGGACAACUCUCGCGAUGGGCUGUCUUCAACUCUGAGCAGAAGUUCGAACUGUGAGGAAGAUGACAAUGUUCUUAUAAGUGAUCUUCAUUCCCUCCUUUUCGUCUCAGAUUCUGAUGAUGAGCCACCUGAGCAGCCAGGAAGCACCUCUGACCUCACAGGAAUAUCUUAG